CUCUCAAGCGUCUUCUUCCAAAUUCUGAAGGAGCAUCCUGGUCCAGCUCCUUUCUGUCGCGAUAGUGGAUGGCAUCAGAGUCAUGUGAAGCUAAUCGCCUGUGCCGAUCAGAGAUCCACUGAUCUAUACAAAAUAGCCAUCUCAAGGAUUGGCGAAGUAUGGCCUGGGUCUAAACUCGAGGUAAUUUCAAGGGAUGACAUCCCUAGUUUACCAAGAGCUAGGGCCUGGUUACCAGCGGAGCCAUCAGACCCUAAACAAAUCCUUGAGAUGCUUCGGGUAUGCAAUCCAGAGCUUCCUACAUCGUCUUGGAAGGUCACAAAGCUGGACGAUCCCAAGGGCGAGUACCGAAGCGCUACUUUCGUAGUCUGCAAGGACUCGGCGGACGCACUGGCGCGAUCGGACGGUGUAGUAAGCUAUGGGUUUUCGUCCAUAACUCUGAGGGUCUACAACAAGGACAAGGCGCCUAACUUAAAGGACCCGGUUGGAGCUGAGAUAGGCCCCACGGCGGAAUCUGGCUCCGGUCCUAACACUGCUACAGCGCUACGGAAGGCAUCUACUGACGGCAGUAUCUCUUCCUUGUUAGAUAGAGUACUUGAUACUACUCUCACUGAUGAGGAAGAGCUACUGGCGUCAGAUUCAGAUGAGCCCAACAAAACGGUGGUGGAGAGGAAGCCCAGUAACCAUGAUGUUACGGGUUCUUCAGAUUAACCUUCACCACUCAAAGGUUGCGUCCGCCAACCUCAUAAUCCACCUGGCCAAAGGUGGACAUCAUAUUGUCCUGAUUCAAGAACCAUGGGUAUCACAUGGACUUGUGUGCGGACUAAGGACUCAACAAUAUAAACUGAUGUAUGCUCGCAACAAAGCGACACCGAUCAAUUGACCAUUAGCCUGGAGUCGGGAAAUGAACGGAUGUGGCUAUCUUCCUGCUACCUCGCACAUGACCACGAGGAGCUACCGAGAUCAAUAUUCAAAGAUCUGGUAGCGCAGGCGCAGAAGCUUGGCGCAAAGCUAAUCAUUGGUGCGGAUGUAAAUGCGCAUCACGAGAUAUGGGGCAGCACUGAUACCAACG